AUGGUUCCUUUGAUCAAUGAACUUUUAAAGACAGCCUUUAGCAGACAGAAGAGUUAUGCAAAUCCAAGGAGGAAAGAUGUAAAAUUUGCAGUAAGUGAUUAUGUAUUCUUAGAGCUUUCCUAUAUGAAAAGGGUUAUAAGAUUUGGAAAGAAAGGCAAUUUGGCACCUUAUUACAUAAGACUUUUAGAGAUCAUGGAUAGAGUGGGAGCAGUUGCCUACUGGUUGGAGUUGCCAUCAAGUGUUUCUCAUGUCCACCCAGUGUUCCAUAUUUCCAUGCUCAGGAAGUAUGUUCCCGAUCCUUCUCAUGUGCAGCAACCAGAUACAGUAGAGUUAAAUGAGGAAUUGACCUUCGAGGAGCAGCCAGUAGCCAUAGUGGACUAUCAAAUGAGACAGCUUUAG